AUGUUUGGCUUUCCAGGGGUGACACAGUUUGUCCCCUAUUGUCCUUGUCAGGGCUGGACAUGGCUAAAAACAUCCCAGGUUUUAAAGAGCAGAGGAUCCACCCACCUGGUUGAUCCGUUGCUGCAGUGGUCGGUGACCCUGAUUGAUUCCUGGUGCAAGGAGAACAGCUACGUGAUAGCCGGGUAUUACCAAGCCAACGAACGCGUGAAAGAUGCCAGUCCAAACCAGGUUGCAGAGAAGGUGGCCUCCAGGAUUGCAGAGGGCUUCAACGACACGGCGCUCAUCAUGGUUGACAACACCAGGUUCACCAUGGAGUGCACAGAGCCAGCGAUCCACGUGUACGAGCUUCACGAGAACAAAUGGAGGUGCAAGGACCCACACGUUGAUUUUUGUGAAGACUGGACUGAAGCCCAGAGAAUUGCUGCCUCUCUCUUGGACAGCAAGUCCUACGAGACCCUUGUAGAUUUUGAUAAUCACCUGGAUGACAUUCGGAAUGACUGGACAAACCCAGAGAUCAACAAAGCUGUCCUCCAUCUCUGCUAGAAGGGCUCCUGCUGACUUAACUUCAGGGCAUUCCCACUGUACUGCUGAGAGAAAAAGGCUAUUUUUGAAUGUAAAUAGAAUCCUCUUCAGUACCUUGUGUGGAAACCUGCCUGAUUCAAAAAGGAGUGGGAUGUCAGCA